AUGCCUGAUGAUAAUGCUGGUGGUAUCGAUGAUAUCACUGAUGGACAAGAUACACCAGUUAAUGAUGAUGAUGCUUCUGGUGAUACCACCGAUGGACAAGAUACACCAGUUAUUGAUGAUGAUGCUUCUGGUGAUAUCACUGAUGAACAAGAUACACCAGUUAAUGAUGAUGAUGCUUCUGAAGAUAUCACCGAUGGACAAGAUAUACCAGUUAAUGAUGAUGAUGCUUCUGGUGAUACCACCGAUGAACAAGAUACACCAGUUAAUGAUGAUGAUGCUUCUGAAGAUAUCACCGAUGGACAAGAUAUACCAGUUAAUGAUGAUGAUGCUUCUGGUGAUACCACCGAUGGACAAGAUACACCAGUUAAUGAUGUAGAUGCUUCUGAAAAUAUCACCGAUGGACAAGAUGUACCAGUUAUUGAUGAUGAUGCUUCUGGUGAUGUCACCAAUGGACAAGAUACACCAGUUAAUGAUGAUGAUGCUUCUGAAGAUAUCACCGAUGGACAAGAUAUACCAGUUAAUGAUGAUGAUGCUUCUGGUGAUAUCACUGAUGAACAAGAUACACCAGUUAAUGAUGAUGAUGCUUCUGAAGAUAUCACCGAUGGACAAGAUAUACCAGUUAAUGAUGAUGAUGCUUCUGGUGAUACCACCGAUGAACAAGAUACACCAGUUAUUGAUGAUGACGCUUCUGGUGAUAUCACUGAUGGACAAAACACACCAGUUAAUGAUGUAGAUGCUUCUGGCGAUACCACCGAUGAACAAGAUACACCAGUUAAUGAUGAUGAUGCUUCUGGUGAUAUCACCGAUGAACAAGAUACACCAGUUAAUGAUGAUGAUGCUUCUGAAGAUAUCACCGAUGGACAAGAUAUACCAGUUAAUGAUGAUGAUGCUUCUGGUGAUACCACCGAUGAACAAGAUACACCAGUUAUUGAUGAUGAUGCUUCUGGUGAUAUCACUGAUGGACAAAAUACACCAGUUAAUGAUGUAGAUGCUUCUGGCGAUACCACCGAUGAACAAGAUACACCAGUUAUUGAUGAUGAUGCUUCUGGUGAUGUCACCAAUGAACAAGAUACACCAGUUGAUGAUGAUGAUGCUUCUGAAGAUAUCACCGAUGGACAAGAUACACCAGUUAAUGAUGUAGAUGCUUCUGAAGAUAUCACCGAUGGACAAGAUACACCAGUUAUUGAUGAUGAUGCUUCUGGUGAUAUCACUGAUGGACAAAAUACACCAGUUAAUGAUGUAGAUGCUUCUGGCGAUACCACCGAUGAACAAGAUACACCAGUUAUUGAUGAUGAUGCUUCUGGUGAUGUCACCAAUGAACAAGAUACACCAGUUGAUGAUGAUGAUGCUUCUGAAGAUAUCACCGAUGGACAAGAUACACCAGUUAAUGAUGUAGAUGCUUCUGAAGAUAUCACCGAUGGACAAGAUACACCAGUUAAUGAUGAUGAUGCUUCUGGUGAUAUCACUGAUGAACAAGAUACACCAGUUAAUGAUGUAGAUGCUUCUGGUGAUAUCACUGAUGAACAAGAUACACCAGUUAAUGAUGAUGAUGCUUCUGAAGAUAUCACCGAUGGACAAGAUAUACCAGUUAAUGAUGAUGAUGCUUCUGGUGAUAUCACUGAUGAACAAGAUACACCAGUUAAUGAUGAUGAUGCUUCUGAAGAUAUCACCGAUGGACAAGAUAUACCAGUUAAUGAUGAUGAUGCUUCUGGUGAUACCACCGAUGAACAAGAUACACCAGUUAUUGAUGAUGAUGCUUCUGGUGAUGUCACCAAUGAACAAGAUACACCAGUUGAUGAUGAUGAUGCUUCUGAAGAUAUCACCGAUGGACAAGAUAUACCAGUUAAUGAUGAUGAUGCUUCUGGUGAUACCACCGAUGAACAAGAUACACCAGUUAAUGAUGAUGAUGCUUCUGGUGAUAUCACCGAUGGACAAGAUAUACCAGUUAAUGAUGUAGAUGCUUCUGGCGAUACCACAGAUGAACAAGAUACACCAGUUAUUGAUGAUGAUGCUUCUGGUGAUGUCACCAAUGAACAAGAUACACCAGUUGAUGAUGAUGAUGCUUCUGAAGAUAUCACCGAUGGACAAGAUACACCAGUUAAUGAUGAUGAUGCUUCUGGUGAUACCACCGAUGAACAAGAUACACCAGUUAAUGAUGAUGAUGCUUCUGAAGAUAUCACCGAUGGACAAGAUACACCAGUUAAUGAUGAUGAUGCUUCUGGUGAUAUCACUGAUGAACAAGAUACACCAGUUAAUGAUGAUGAUGCUUCUGAAGAUAUCACCGAUGGACAAGAUACACCAGUUAAUGAUGAUGAUGCUUCUGGUGAUACCACCGAUGAACAAGAUACACCAGUUAUUGAUGAUGAUGCUUCUGGUGAUAUCACUGAUGAACAAGAUACACCAGUUAAUGAUGAUGAUGCUUCUGAAGAUAUCACCGAUGGACAAGAUGUACCAGUUAAUGAUGAUGAUGCUUCUGGUGAUAUCACUGAUGAACAAGAUACACCAGUUAAUGAUGAUGAUGCUUCUGGUGAUAUCACCGAUGGACAAGAUACACCAGUUAUUGAUGAUGAUGCUUCUGGUGAUAUCACUGAUGAACAAGAUACACCAGUUAUUGAUGAUGAUGCUUCUGGUGAUACCACCGAUGAACAAGAUACACCUGUUAAUGAUGAUGAUGCUUCUGAAGAUAUCACCGAUGGACAAGAUACACCAGUUAAUGAUGUAGAUGCUUCUGGCGAUACCACCGAUGAACAAGAUACACCAGUUAAUGAUGUAGAUACUUCUGAAGAUAUCACCGAUGGACAAGAUACACCAGUUAAUGAUGAUGAUGCUUCUGGUGAUGUCACCAAUGGACAAGAUACACCAGUUAAUGAUGAUGAUGCUUCUGAAGAUAUCACCGAUGGACAAGAUAUACCACUUAAUGAUGAUGAUGCUUCUGGUGAUACCACUGAUGAACAAGAUACACCAGUUAAUGAUGAUGAUGCUUCUGAAGAUAUCACCGAUGGACAAGAUGUACCAGUUAAUGAUGAUGAUGCUUCUGGUGAUACCACCGAUGAACAAGAUACACCAGUUAUUGAUGAUGAUGCUUCUGGUGAUAUCACUGAUGAACAAGAUACACCAGUUAAUGAUGAUGAUGCUUCUGAAGAUAUCACCGAUGGACAAGAUAUACCAGUUAAUGAUGAUGAUGCUUCUGGUGAUAUCACUGAUGAACAAGAUACACCAGUUAAUGAUGAUGAUGCUUCUGAAGAUAUCACCGAUGGACAAGAUAUACCAGUUAAUGAUGAUGAUGCUUCUGGUGAUACCACCGAUGAACAAGAUACACCAGUUAUUGAUGAUGAUGCUUCUGGUGAUAUCACUGAUGGACAAAAUACACCAGUUAAUGAUGUAGAUGCUUCUGGCGAUACCACCGAUGAACAAGAUACACCAGUUAUUGAUGAUGAUGCUUCUGGUGAUGUCACCAAUGAACAAGAUACACCAGUUGAUGAUGAUGAUGCUCCUGAAGAUAUCACCGAUGGACAAGAUGUACCAGUUAAUGAUGAUGAUGCUUCUGGUGAUACCACCGAUGAACAAGAUACACCAGUUAAUGAUGAUGAUGCUUCUGAAGAUAUCACCGAUGGACAAGAUAUACCAGUUAAUGAUGAUGAUGCUUCUGGUGAUACCACCGAUGAACAAGAUACACCAGUUAUUGAUGAUGAUGUUUCUGCUGAUAUCACUGAUGGACAAGAUACACCAGUUAAUGAUGAUGAUGCUUCUGGUGAUACCACCGAUGAACAAGAUACACCAGUUAGUGAUGUAGAUGCUUCUGGUGAUACCACUGAUGGACAAGAUACACCAGUUAAUGAUGUUGAUGCUUCUGGCGAUAUCACUGAAGGACAAGAUACACAAGUCGAUUGCCCAAAUGAAGAAAACUUAGAUUUUGUUUUUAACGUACAUGGCAGCAAAAUAAUAGUGAAGUUACCUCCAGAUAGCAACGAUAGUCCUCCUAUGGUUAAGAUCAAAGGCAGCAAAGUUAUCAUUCAGUUACCAACCGCUAGUCAAGGUAACAGCCACGAUGUGAUAGGUAGUCAUGGUUACAGCUACGAUAUGACAGGUAGUCAAGGUAACAACCACGAUAUGACAGAUUAA